GCAAAGCCCCUUCACCAACGUCCACGACGAUGCUCAGACAUACGGCGCAGGCGACCCGUAUAGCACGACCAUUUCGUGCCAAGCUACCCCGUCGCUCAUUCGCGACCGUGCAGGAUACCCCUGUUCGCCGUUAUGGCGGCUUGAAGGAUCAAGACCGUAUCUUCACAAACGCAUACUGCAGACAUGACCAUGGUCUCAAGGGUGCUACGUCCCGCGGUGACUGGCACAAAACGAAGGACAUCCUCCUCAAGGGCGACUCUUGGAUAAUCCAGACCAUCAAAGACUCUGGGCUGCGUGGGCGCGGAGGCGCUGGUUUCCCGAGUGGUUUGAAGUGGAGUUUCAUGAACAAGCCGGGAUGGGAGAAGGAUCCUCGACCUCGUUACCUCGUCGUUAACGCGGAUGAGGGUGAGCCUGGUACUUGCAAGGAUCGCGAAAUCAUGCGUGGCGACCCUCACAAGCUUGUUGAGGGGUGUCUCGUCGCCGGCCGCGCCAUGAAUGCCAGCGCUGCCUACAUCUAUAUCCGUGGCGAGUUCUACCAGGAGGCGUCUCACGUUCAGCAGGCGAUCAACGAGGCCUAUAAGGCCGGCUAUCUCGGCAAAAACGCCUGCGGUUCUGGCUACUCCUUCGACGUAUACCUCCACCGCGGAGCCGGAGCGUACAUCUGCGGUGAGGAGACUGCGCUUAUCGAGUCGCUGGAGGGAAAGCAGGGCAAGCCCCGUCUUAAGCCCCCAUUCCCUGCCGACGUCGGUCUAUUCGGUUGUCCGACGACUGUUGCAAACGUUGAGACUGUCGCGGUGGCUCCCACCAUCUGCAGACGUGGAGCGUCUUGGUUUGCCGGAUUUGGCCGUGCGCGAAACCAGGGUACGAAGCUGUUCUGUAUCUCCGGUCACGUCAACAACCCUUGUGUCGUUGAGGAGGAGAUGAGUAUCCUGCUCAAAGACCUCAUUGAGAAGCACUGUGGUGGUGUCCGCGGCGGUUGGGAUAACCUCCUUGGUAUCAUCCCGGGCGGUAGCUCCGUUCCUGUCCUCCCCAUUGACAAGUGCGCGGAAGUCCUCAUGGACUACGACUCCUUGAAGGAUGCCCAGUCUGGUCUCGGUACAGGGGCUGUUAUCGUUAUGGACAAGAGCACUGACAUUGUCAAGGCCAUUGCCCGUUUCGCUCACUUCUACAAGCACGAAUCUUGCGGCCAGUGCACGCCGUGCCGUGAGGGCACCACCUGGAUGAUGAACAUGAUGGAUCGCUUCGUCGAGGGCCGCGGUCACCAGCGCGAGAUCGACAUGCUCCUCGAGCUCACCAAGCAGAUUGAGGGCCGUACGAUCUGCGCUCUCGGUGACGCAGCCGCUUGGCCCAUCCAGGGUCUCAUGCGUCACUUCCGCCCGGAGGUCGAGAAACGCAUCGCUGAGUUCCGCGCAGCGAACGGCCCGGUGCUCUUUGGGGGAAGACUGAAGAGCCAGACAGACCCAACCCUCGCUAUUCCUGAUAACCUUGGUGCGAACUUGCCGGAGGUGCCUCCGCCUAGCGCGUCUGCGUAAGGACGACGCAAACUGCAAGCAGUUAUGAUACGUAGCGUCGUGUUUGUUGCCUAUGAAUAUACUUCUUACUGGACCAUCCUUACCAACUCACGCGGUGUGCACCGACCGGUCUA